AGUGUGGGAGGCGCUAAGGGAGCCGGCAACCACCGACCGCGCUCCCGUCCCGUCCCGGUCCCGCGCGGCAGGCACCGGCGAUGCCGCGGGCAGGCGGCCCCCCGGGGGUACCGGGCUCGGCGCUGCUGGCGCUGGCCCUGUGGCUGGCAGGGUCUCCGGGCGGCGGGCAGCACUACGACUACUACGGCUGGCAGCCAGAGAGCCUGCCCCACGGGCGCUUCUACGGGCGGGAGCCGCAGUGCCUCGAUAUCCCUCCCGACAUGCAGCUCUGCCGCGACGUGGGUUACAAGCGCAUGCGGCUGCCCAACCUGCUGGAGCAUGAGACCAUGGCUGAGGUCAAGCAGCAGGCCAGCAGCUGGGUGCCCCUUCUCGCCAAACAGUGCCACACCGACACCCAGCUCUUCCUCUGCUCCCUCUUCGCCCCCGUCUGCCUCGACCGGCCCGUCUACCCCUGCCGCUCCCUCUGCGAGGUGGUGCGUGACUCUUGUGCCCCUGUCAUGGAGUCCUAUGGCUUCCCCUGGCCCGAGAUGCUGCACUGCGGCAAGUUCCCCUCCGACCAUGAGCUCUGCAUUGCCGUCCAGUUUGGGAACAGCAAGGCCACCCCACCGCCAGUGUCCAAGAUCUGCACCCAGUGUGAGAUGGAGCACAAGGCAGAUGGCAUGAUGGAGCAGAUGUGCUCCAGUGACUUUGUGCUAAAGAUGCGCAUUAAGGAGAUGACAGAGGAGAACGGGGAGCGGCGGCUGGUGGCUGCUCAGAAGAAGAAGGUGCUGAAGCUGGGCCCGCUCAAGCGCAAGGACACCAAGAAGAUGGUGCUGCACAUGAGGAACGCGGGCACCUGCCCCUGCCCGCAGCUCGACAGCCUCAGCGGCAGCUUCCUGGUGAUGGGCCGCAAGGUGGGCAGCCGCCUGCUCCUCCUUGCCGUCUACCCCUGGCAGAAGCACAACAAGGAGAUGAAAUUCGCCGUCAAGUUCAUGUUCUCCUACCCGUGCCCCCUCUAUCAUCCCCUGCUCUAUGGGGCUGGGCAGCAUUAGGGCUCUGCCCACCCUGCCUUGUCCUAGGACUUCUGCACUGGCCCCAUGCUGCACCCCUGGUUGUACCCAAGGGCCCCUGCUCUGCUCCCCUCAGCCCCUUGGCUGUGCCCCGGGACCCUGCUCCAUGCCGCAAGGAUUCCUACUUGCAUAUGUGGGAGCCUCAAUCCACAGCCAGGAACCCUGCUCCCUCCUGAGGCCCCUGUUCUGCUCCCAGGACCCCUGCCCACAGGCAGGAGCUGAGACUGCACCCAGGGCCCUUGCUCUGCACGCUUGUGAGCCCUGGUUUGCACCACAGACACUUGGCUACUUCCAAACCCCCUGCCAGGAACCCCAGGGGCUCUUGCCUGCACUCAAGAUACCUGCUUGGCCCUCUUGGCUGCUCCUGUGGCCCCUGCCCAGCUCCCUGAUGACAUGCCCCAAAACUCCAGCCCACCAAAGCAUCCCAUGCCCUCAUACUGAGCCCACACCCCAGCCCUGGAUUAUCCCACCUUCACAGGGACACACUCCAGCUGAGACAGGUCCCUCCUGCUCCACUGUCCCCAGAGACCAAGUGCCUGGAACAGCAGGGCUCCUACCUGGGCUCCCCCACCCUGUCCAUCCCACAUGGCUCAUUGAGCAUGUGAGGGGGUCCACUUCCAAGCCCCCCAGACCCCUCCUGCUGCAUCCCUCACCCACAUCCCUACCAAAACCCAGCCCAGGCACCCCUUGCCCAUCCACACCACAGUAAAUUAUUCCACGUCAGAAAA